UAGGGGGUGGGGGCCGGGCCACGCCUGGCUGUUUGGGGAGGCACAGGCUCCCUUAGCCGGCCCUCCAGACAAUUUCUGAAACCCACUGCGGCCCUCGGGCCAAAAAGUUUGCCCACUUCUGCCAUGGGGGCUCUUCACUCACUCCCGACCCAUAGCCCCUGCUCGCCCAGCCCUGGGCUCCCCCCAGCCCUGCCGGUGCCCCUCACUUCCGACCCGCAGCCCCCUGCUCACCCAGCCCUGGGCUCCCCCCCACCCCUGCCGGUGCCCCUCACUCCCUGUGACAAAGUGGGGGAUUUUUUGGAUGCUUUGUGUAAGUGCGGUGCGUGCCUCAGUUUCCCCCGUGUGCUGCAUGUUUAACCAGGCGGUGGGGGAGGGGUGCUGUAUUCGCAGAGGCCCAGAUGUGACCUCACCCAGCAGCCUGGACACUGGGUAACGUAGCGACCGAUGACCCGGGAGCCCGCCAGGUUCAGGCCACUGGGAGCACAAAGGACGGCCGAGAGAGGAGCCCGGUGAUGGGUUUGCGUGGGACCAAAGACACAGGACGGAGGAGGGGCUGUGGGGAGGUGAUAUGGGGGUCGGCUGCAAUUAGCUCGCUCUGGACUGGAGAUGAAGACGGGGUCUGGACCCCAACUGGAGAGACCCAGCUGGACGGGGCUGAGACUGGCCAGGCCCCAGGCCGCUGAGAACUGCCUGGGCUGGGUUCAGCCGUACAAUAAACCUCCUGUUUUACGCUGGCUGAGAGUCCCUGCAGGCUGGAGAUCGGGGGGAUCACUUCCUCUGGGGGUGGUGGCCCUGGGGGGGGGGUCAGAGUGAGGGGACCCCCCAAGGGGGCUCACGGAGGGAGCCAGGCGGCCUGGAGGUUCAGAGGUGCGGCCCCAGGAGGUGGCGGGGCCAGAGAGCCUAACCCCGGAGAUGGAGGGUGAUCCUUGGGGGGGCUGUCACACCGAAGGGGGGGAGUCUCCCAGGGGCCGUACGGAGCCGAGGGAGCCCGGGGCCUGGGAGUCCAUCACACGCUCGACCCGCAGCCCCCUGCUAGCCCAGCCCAGCCCUGACCCCAUUCCCCACCCGGGGUGGGAGUGAGCCCAGAUUGACCCCGGGGGAGCUGAGUUCAGGACACUCCAGCUGGUAACCUCGGCUGGGGAUCCCAUAGAGGGGGGGGACACUGACCCCUAGUGGCCAAAGUCUCCAAGCUCUACCCAGCUCCACUCCCUGCAGUCAUCUGUGAUCUAGCUACCUCCAUAGCCCCCCCAAAUACCCCAUAGCCCCCCCCAGCUAGCCCCAUAGCCCCUCUACCCCAAUAGCCCCAUAGCCCCCAGCUAGCCCCAUAGCCCCCCCUAGCUAGCCCCAUACACCCCCAUCCCUUGCUCUCCAGGCUCAGGCUGUUACAAAUCCGAGGAUCUGUUCGCAGGCAGCUCUCAGCUCUCUGGGCUCUAGGAGUCCUGCCUCCUAGCCCUCUCACCCCUGCUCUAACCACUAGACCCCACUUCCCUGCCCAAGCCACAGAGCCAGCCCAGGUGUCCUGGUUCCCUUGUUUCAUGCUGGGCCCCACUCCCACCCCCCAUUCCCCAUCCUCCUGGCCUGGCGUGGCAAGCCCCCAUGGUUUGCCAUGAGCCCCUAGGGCAUGUGCCGGACGGGUGGGCAGACCAGGAAAGGGUGAGUCACAUUCAGGGGCAGCUGGCUGAAUUAAUCUUUAAGCGCUGAUAAAAGUCCAAGAGUAAAUAAAUGGGUGAGGCCGCGUCAGUCGGAGACGGAGACGUCCAGGGAAACCGAAGAGGAGCAGACGGGAGCGGCCGCCCCUGGCGCCCGGACCCGAAACCCACCUCAGCAAGGCUGGGACCUCCUUCCCUCAUCACUGCUGGGAGCCAUGACUGCCCCGGACUCCUGGGUCCCCUUCCGGCUGGUCCUUCAGCUCAGCCUCUACCUGCUGGCCAUCAUGACCUUCUCCAUCUUCCUACACUUAAGCAGCCGGUUCCCCACUGCAAGGCAGAGGCACACAACGAAGGGGUCCCCAGCCAUGCCACCCACCACAACCCCCCCAACAGAGCGGGGCAUGUGGACCGUGAACUCCGCCGGGCGCCUGGGGAACCACAUGGGGGAAUACGCCACCCUCUACGCCCUGGCCAAGAUGAACGGGCGCCAGGCCUACAUCCUCCCAGAGAUGCACCAACAGCUGGCGCCGCACUUCCGCAUCACCCUGCCCAUGGUCUCCAGCGACGUGGUCCAGAGCGUCCCGUGGAGGAACUACGAGCUCCAUGACUGGAUGUCGGAGGACCCGGUGGCACUUUAG